UUCAACCCGGACGACUGGCCAUACCCGACACUGAACACGGCUGAGCAAAGAAUACGUCCGACCGAAGAGGACCAUGCAAAUGUGCAUGCGCGAGGCCUGGAUCAUGCGUCGGUAGACGUCCUUGGAUUCGAUUCUUGCGGACGAACACAACCUCAGAUCCGACCAUGGCGGCCCAGUCAACGCUCCGCCAGCGUCCGGCGGAACGUAUCGCGCAGUGGUUCGACAGCUUUUAUGCCCAAGUUCUGGCCCGCGCAGACAAAAUCCGGACUCGAAGUGCGCUCAGCCCUCGAACGACCCGGCUCAUCGCGACGCUCGCUUUGUCUCUGGCCAUCAUCGGAGGAUAUGGAGGCUAUCGACGGUAUCAGAAUCGGAAGAAAGAGCAGGCAGUAGGGAGACAUCACAUUCGUCGCAACAGCGGCAUCAAGAGCAAGGAUGGAACCCGGACACUGUUCGUGCCGGACAAUGAGCAGAUCAGCAAAGUUGUUAUACAUACCAUCAAGCCUACGACCUUUGAUGCGCACAGGAGAUUUUUCCUCAAUCCGACGAGGCAGCGUAGCUCAGGAAAGGAAUACUCGCUGGGUGUCCCGCCACCGAACGUCAAGCCUGGUCUGAACGUUGCAUUCCUACAUCAGUUCAUGGCUCUGAUGCAAAUCGCGGUUCCAAGGAUAGGAUCUAAGGAGUCCGGUCUGUUGACAACCCAUGCGUUCUUCCUACUUCUGCGGACAUAUCUCUCUCUCGUCGUCGCGAGACUGGACGGUGAGAUUGUACGCGAUCUUGUGGCCGGAGCAGGACGUCCAUUCCUCAUAGGCCUUACAAAAUGGCUAGCGUUUGGUGUGGUUGGCUCCUACACGAACUCUAUGAUCAAGUUUCUCCAGGCCAAGAUCAGUAUCGCGUUCCGCACACGAUUGACGAGGUAUAUCCACGACCUGUAUCUUAGUCCGUCCAUGGCGUACUACAAGAUGCAUGAUCUGGACGGAGGCAUCGAGCACGGCGCUGAUCAAUUCAUCUGUCAUGAUCUGACGCUGUUCUGCGACAAUGCCGCCAACCUGUACUCAAGUCUAGGCAAACCGCUUGUGGACUUGGUCACAUUCAACUACCAGCUUUACAAAUCGUUAGGGCCGCUGGCACUGAGCGGCCUUCUCAGCAACUACGCCGCGACUGCUAUUCUGCUCAAGAAGCUGAGCCCGCCAUUUGCGAAGCUCAAGGCUGCUGAAGGGCGAAAAGAGGGCGACUUCCGAGGGAUGCACUCUCGACUGAUUGCAAAUGCCGAAGAAAUUGCAUUCUACGCGGGAGGACCAACUGAGCACGUGCUACUGGAUCAAGGCUUCAAGGAGCUGAGGAAAUGGAUGGAGAGCAUUUACCGAGUCAAGGUCGGCUACAACAUGCUUGAGGAUUUUGUACUAAAGUACACAUGGUCUGCACUCGGAUACCUUGUCACAAGUCUGCCAAUUUUCCUACCAACCAUGGGACUGGUUCCAGAGCCUGAACCUUCGAAGAUAUCGGACCCAUCGCUUCUCGGAGUCGGCGAAACCGUCGACCAGACCGGAUCGCGGACCAAGCAGUUUAUCACCAACAAGCGCCUCAUGCUGAAUUUGGCCGAUGCUGGCAGCCGGAUGAUGUACUCCAUCAAGGACCUUUCGGAGCUCGCUGGCCAAACAAGUCGAGUAUUUAUGCUCAUCAGCACUCUCCACCGCGUCCACGCGAACGCAUACCACAUUCCGCGAAAUGCCAACUACGAAUUGUACAACCUCGCCGAUGUUAGCGGGACACUUCACAAAGGCUUCGACGGUGUGCGAUUAGAGAAUGUUCCAGUCGUUGCACCUUCACCUUUCCCUCUCGGAGGCGAAGAAUUGAUCGACAAUCUUUCAUUCAUCGUUGGGCCCGGCGAACAUCUCCUCAUCACAGGUCCGAACGGCGCCGGCAAAUCGGCAGUCGCACGAAUCGUUGCCGGUCUCUGGCCCACAUACAGAGGUCUCACCUCCCGACCACGCAAGACCGGUCAAGAUGGCAUUAUGUUCCUGCCACAGCGAGUCUAUCUCAGCCCUGGCACGCUCCGAGAUCAGGUCAUUUACCCGGACACCGCGGCGGAUAUGCGAGACUCAGGACGACGUGAGCACGACCUCCAGCAUAUUCUCGAAGAGUGUCGACUUGGCUACAUACCCGAACGCGAGGGCGGAUGGGACACGCGGAAGAUGUGGCAAGAUGUGCUGAGUGGAGGAGAAAAGCAGCGCAUGGCCAUUGCUCGCCUCCUGUAUCAUGAGCCACGGUACGCCUUCAUCGACGAGGGAACGUCGGCAGUGAGUUCAGAUGUGGAAGGGAUCCUGUACGAGACGGCAAAGGCAAAGGGGAUCACUCUCAUAACCAUCUCCACUCGCGCUUCACUCAAGCGUUAUCACUCAUACACUCUCACACUCGGCUUGGGCGAGGAAGCAAGCGAGUAUGAAUUUGUGCGCAUCGGUACAGCAAGCGAGAAGGACAGCGUGGAAAAGGAGAUCCAGGAACUCAAGGAGAAGCUAGCACAGGUGGAGUCGUGGAAAGAGCGGCGGCGGGAAAUCGACACGGAACUGAAUAAAGUUUGGGUCAAGGGUGAGGAGGAGCCGCUGCCUGCUCCGGAAUAUCAACAGCAGCAGGAGUUGGAAGUGGGAACUCAAGAGUCGGAAUCAUGA